AUUGUUGUGGUCCUACUGUAGGCCAAGCAAACAACGCCGCCGCAAUCGCUACCAACAUCAAUCACAAUCGGGAGGGGCUUGGAAUUAUAAGCUGCCUCUUGGGUGCUUGCUGACAUUCCGUUGAUUGCUAUAUAAAUAUGGUUAUCCGAUAAAAGAAAUGCUGCAUAGUGAUAAUGAUUUAAACCAAAUAGAUACACUUGUUACCGAUUUGUCGUAUGAAGACUUGGAUCAAUCGUCUAAUAAAUGCUAUCAUACUUUAUGGGAAGUCAAUGCUUAGCACAGAACGUGAGCACAGAACCUGUUGAUUAAAUGCAGUUUUCAAGAAAAUUAAAGCGUGAAAGGGCUGUGUCGAGUGAUAGCCAUCAUGCAGACACCUUGUGUGCAAAGGAUAGUGCCAGCUUUUGGUGAAGAUCAUGUGAAAAAUAGCAUCAAAUAUCCAGAUGGUGAGUCGCAUAGGUCAACAACUCCACCCUUACCCCUCGAUUGUGAGCCGCUUUCCCACCAAGUUGCAGGCCAUGUUCACGGGAAAGGCAAGACCAAAAUUGGAAUGCUCCAAUACAAAGAUGGAACGAUUCUAAAACCAUUUCAGCGUCCGAGUCGUGGGCAGAGAGAGGCGGCAUUCUAUCACCGUGUCUUCUACCCUGAUCCUACUUUACAUUCAAGUGUUCCCAUGGACACGUUGCAGACAUUUAUACCUCGUUGCUAUGGAACCGUUGUUUUUAAAGAAGAUCCAACUUUGUACUACCUCAAACUUGAGGACGUGACUAAGAAAUAUAGAAAACCUUGCAUCAUGGAUGUGAAAGUUGGAUGCCAAACAUACGAAGACAGUGCCACCCAAUUCAAAAAAGAAAAUGCAAAAAUUAAAUAUCCAAAUAUGCUAACAGUGGGCUUCCAAAUAUCUGGUAUGAGGAUAUAUUAUGCAAACUCAAAUAAGUACGAAUAUUAUGAUAAGUCAUAUGGAAGACAUUUUGAAGAAGAUACAGUAAUUGAGGGCUUCAAGAGGUUCUUCCAAACUGAAGACAAUUUCCAGUUUGAUGCGCUAACUGAAAUACUUUAUCGGUUGAACCAGUUAGAAGAUUGGUUCGUUCAUCAGCGUCUGUUACACUUCAUCUCCAGUUCUAUAUUAUUUGUAUACGAGGGCGACAAACAAGACAGUGUAUUAACAAAUCAAUCAGUGGAUACCGUUCCAGAAUUAUUACCAAAGAAUCAUUUAUCCAAAGCUGAAGCGAGAGCUGACGAGCUGCUAACCAAUGAUAAGAAGACAAAUACCAAUGGCAUUCAAGGUUCGUGGUAUGUUGGUAAUCAUGCAACUGGUAAACAUGUUGUCAAUGGCUCUACAAAUGGGGCAAGAACAGUUUGUAUGCAAUGUUGUAGUAGUUCUUCAAAAACCUGCACUCCCACUGAUCUUAAUGGUGGGCUAAACCAUAAAGUACCUAGAGAUAACAAAUGCAAUUGUGAAUUCAAGAACUUCGUCCUUCUCGAUGGAAAUAUACCGGAUAGCUUUCCGUUGAAUGAUUAUCAACGGACCAAACCUUGCACACCAAAUCAGACACCAAAAAAUCGUAUUGUGGAAAUGGAGGAAAAUAUAUGUCCGAACGAUGAGAGAUAUCCAAAACGUAAGCCAUGUUGUAUGGUGGACCUAAAAAUGAUCGACUUUACCCAUGUUAUAGAAGACCCUACUCAGGAUGAUAAUUAUUUAUUUGGGCUACGGAAAUUAAUUAGUAAUUUAGAAACACUUCGAGCUUCAUAUAAAUCAAAUUGAUCACUACAAUUUAGAAAUACAUUUUGAAACUUAAAAAUACAGUAAAGAACUUAUAAUAUUAAGAAUAUUAUUAUCAUUAAUAAUAUCAAUUGAAUCAUAGAUCCUAUCUUAAAAUUUAAAUAAAUUGAAUUAAUUGAAAUUAUAAUAAUAUAUUAUAUUCCAAAAUCACCAAAGUUUUUUUUGUUUUGUUUUUUGCACAUAUUUUUACUCAUUAAUUGCAAUGUAGCCCAUGAUGUCACUAAUUAGUGUUAGUGUUUUUAAUUUUAUUUUGAAAUAUUUAUACUAUUCUGCUUUUGGUGAACAUUUUUUAAGUGCCUUAAAAGAUAAGCGGUGUGGUUGUUAUAAUAAUGUGAAUAUAAAAAAUGAUUAAUUGUUACUGGUAAAUAAUAAUUGUACAAAUGAAUAGAACAGAAUAGAAGUAAAUGAACAAUAUAUUAUAUUUAUACACAUUUCAUAUAAAAAUAAUUUAAUUUAAGGUAUAAAACAUAAUGGUAUGAAUAUGGUAAUUAUGUAACUAUAAUUGAUAUGUAUUUUCUAUCUCAACUAAGUUAAUAGUUAAUUAUUACAAUAUUAAAUCAUUUUUGAUAGAUUAAUACCCAAGUGCUAUAUGCUUUAACUGCCUGCUGUUACAUCUAGUGAUUGUGUGACCAAUGGACAACAGCUCUUACAAUCUGUCAGGUUAUAAAACAGAUGAAGAGAGAUA